AUGAAAAAAGUUGAAUUGAAUCAAUCUUUUUUUGAAGUUGUACCAACAUCGAUCAUCUUAGAAAUAUUGUCAAGACUCCCGAUUAAGGCAUGCCUAAGUUGUAAGCUUGUUUGCAAAGAUUGGUAUCGGAUCAUAGUCAGUUUUGAGUAUGCUACUUUACGCUCUUCUCUUCGCUUCUACGUCACAAUAUUGCUUCAUGGUACAUUCUCUAAAGGGGAGAAUGAUUUCCUACUGCUUGAUCUCGACGAUUCUUCAAAGAUUGGUCACAUGGGUGAUCUUAAUGUAAGUGUUGAUGCUAUGAUUAAGUUUCAACCCGAACUUAUUAUCAACCCUCCUCACAAAGUACGUGUGAUCAACGAAUGCAAUGGGCUAAUAUGCUUGAAGCCUAAAGCUCAUAGGCCUUACAUUAUAUGUAAUCUUCUAACCGGUCAACAAGUAAUUGUUGAGCAAUUUCCUAGACCACCUUGUACCGUCGUGGUUUAUGGGUUGGGUUGUUGCCUUGUGUCGCACCAAUUCAAACUCGUUAGACUCCUCAAGACGGAGCAAAGUUGUGUAGUCGAAAUACAAACACUCGGCACCAAUGAAUGGAGAAUUAUUGGUGGUGACAAUGCUCCACAAUUUCACCUCAGCGAGAGUUGGGCUUUCUUUAACGAGUCACUUCAUAGGUACUCCUAUGUAGACAAUUGUAUAUGGUCAUUUCAUUUUGGAAACGAACAAUUUUCACAAGUUUCAUUGCCCGAUGAUAUGAAUGCACAACGUUUUGGAGAAGUGGGUGUUUUUGAUUCUUGCCUCUAUUUUACUUCCGCAUCACAAGAUCAUCGCGAAUGUGAGAUUUGGGUGAUGAAAGUAUACGGCGACAAAGGUUCUUGGGUGAAGCAGUUUGUCUUUCUAAAGGAAUUUUAUUCACAUUAUAUGCCAAUAUUGCAAUUAGGCGAUGGAAAAAUAUUAAUGUCUUAUUGUAAUGUUGGCAUUGGUCACGGUCUUAGAGUAUGUGAUGUUGAAUCUGGAAGAUAUAGAAGAGUACGAGUUCUGGAGAUUUCUGAUUUUGAACUACUUUUAUGUAAUGCCAAAUUUUCCAAGCUAUGA